AUGGGUAGUGUUUACUUGGAAGAAUUAGAAAUAAGAAUGGAUGCGGCCAACUUUUCUAUUUGUACUUUGGUCUUGAAUGACGAAAGGCCUCAGUUUGCUCCUGUGGAUCAUGCCAUUAGCAAAGAUGUUGCAAUUCCUCAAAUAGAUUAUAAGUUCGCCAAAGUUGAAGAUAACCAAAUUGCAAUUACAUCAGACGAUUCAUCUAAAAAUAACUCCAAGGUGGAUGAUAAUUGA